ACACACGGACAUGAAAAAGUUUUGUCCUUUUCAACAGCUCUCUCUCUUUCCUCAACAUCACCGUUUUCCAUUAAUUCCGCUCUCACACACACUCAUCCCACUCUUUCUUCCCACGCAACGCAUUCUCCAAACUGUAAACGAAAAAAUAAAAAUAAAAAUUAAAAAAUCCACACUUUCAUUAAUUGAUUAUAAGAACUCCAACAACGUUAAGGUACCCCACAUCAACUACCACCUUUGCUAAUCACCAUCCUCACAAUAUCUGCCUCUUUUUCAUCUUUCUUUGUUAAUUAUUGCCAUUUGCUUCACAGACACAAACAAAACAACACCCUUUGAUAUGCUCCGUAACUGUUCCUAAAACACCAAUUAAUAGCUGUGGCAACGGUUGCUUUGAGAUUGAAUGAUGGAAGCAGUGACCCAGUAACGGUUUAUUUGUGGGAUGUGGCAAAAGUGAGGAACUUGGGUUGAAGGGAGUGUUUUAGAGAGAGAGAGAGAGAGAGACCCAGAUGGAUUUUUCAUCGUUCUUGACGUCCCUUGGGACAUCCUUUGUGAUAUUCUUGGUUUUGAUGAUUCUGUUUGCAUGGCUAUCAAGUAGACCUGGUAACCAUGUGGUUUACUACCCAAACCGGAUCCUCAAAGGGUUGGAUCCGUCAGAAGGUGGAUACAAGACCCGCAACCCCUUCUCUUGGAUCAAGGAAGCAGCAUCUUCUUCUGAACGUGAUGUCAUAGCCAUGUCUGGGGUGGACACUGCUGUCUACUUUGUCUUCCUCAGCACUGUGUUGAGUAUCCUAGUUUUAUCUGGAGUUAUUCUGCUACCGGUUCUUUUGCCUCUUGCUCUUACUGACGAUGGUGGGAAGAAACAAACAACUAGCAAGGGGACCUUCAAUGAGCUUGACAAGUUAUCAAUGGGUAACAUCACAGCAAAGAGUUCAAGGUUGUGGGCUUUCCUUAUUGCAUGCUAUUGGGUUUCAUUUGUUACACUUUUCCUCUUAUGGAGAGCUUACAAGCAUGUCUCAUGGCUGCGAUCUGAAGCUCUCAAGACUCCUGAUGUGAAGGCUGAACAGUUUGCUAUAGUUGUAAGAGAUAUACCUCCUGUUCCUCAAGGUCAGACUAGGAAGGAACAAGUUGACUCUUAUUUCAAAGCCAUCUAUCCUGAGACAUUUUACAGAUCUAUGAUUGUGACAGACAACAAAGAGGUGAAUAAGAUUUAUGAGGAGUUAGAAGGGUAUAAGAAGAAGCUUGCCUGUGCUGAAGCAGUAUAUGAAGGAUCAAAAACAACUGCCAAACCAGAAGGAACAAGACCUACUAACAAGACUGGUUUCCUUGGACUUGUUGGUAAAAAGGUGGAUAGCAUAGAGUAUUACAAUGAAAAGAUUAAUGAACUUGUUGUCAAAUUGGAAUCUGAGCAAAAGGUCACUCUUAGAGAAAAGCAGCAAAAUGCUGCUACGGUGUUUUUCUCAAAUAGGGUAGUCGCAGCAUCUGCAUCUCAGAGUUUGCAUGCACAAAUGGUUGACACAUGGUCUGUUUUUUAUGCUCCUGAACCGCGCCAACUACUAUGGCCUAAUUUGAAAAUCAGGUUUUUUCAGAGAGAGCUGAGGCAGUACUUGGUGUAUUUCAUUGUUGCACUGACCAUAUUCUUCUACAUGAUUCCAAUUACAUUUAUAUCUGGGCUUACAACUUUGGACAAUUUGGUGAAAAUUAUUCCAUUCAUAAAGCCAGUUGUCCGUAUAAAGGCUUUGAGGACAGUGUUGGAAGCAUACCUCCCUCAACUUGCACUGAUUAUUUUCUUGGCUUUGUUGCCCAAGUUGCUUCUGUUUUUGUCUAAAUUAGAAGGCAUUCCAAGUGAAAGUCAUGCCAUCAGGGCCGCGUCUGGAAAAUAUUUUUAUUUUAGUGUGCUGAAUGUCUUCAUUGGUGUUACUAUAGGUGGAACCUUGUUCAGCACAUUCAAGACAGUUGAGAAGAACCCAAACACAAUUGUGCCCAUGCUGGCUGCAAGCCUCCCGGGCAAUGCUACUUUCUUCUUGACCUAUGUGGCCCUGAAAUUUUUCGUUGGCUAUGGCCUUGAGCUGUCCCGAAUUGUUCCUCUUAUUAUAUUCCAUUUGAAGAGAAAGUAUCUUUGCAAGACUGAAGCUGAUUUGAAAGAUGCUUGGUAUCCCGGAGAUCUUGGUUAUGGAACUAGAGUUCCUGGUGACAUGCUGAUUGUCACAAUUGUCUUCUGUUACUCUGUCAUUGCUCCUCUAAUAAUCCCAUUUGGUGCUCUAUAUUUUGGCCUAGGAUGGCUUAUACUGCGAAAUCAGGCACUCAAAGUCUAUGUACCAUCAUAUGAAAGUAAUGGAAGAAUGUGGCCUCACAUACACAACCGUAUACUAGCAUCUUUGAUAUUAUACCAAAUUACCAUGCUUGGUUACUUUGGGGUGCAGAAAUUCUACUAUACACCAGUGUUGAUUCCUCUUCCCAUAUUGUCAUUGAUCUUUGGUUUCGCCUGUGCAAAGAAAUUUUAUCCCACAUUUGAAAGUCCAGCACUUGAGGCUGCAGCUCAUGGUCUCAAGGAUAUUCCCAAUAUGGAAUUGAUUUUUAGAUCUUUCAUUCCACCAAGCUUGAGUUCUGAUAAGAUUGAUGAUGACCAAUUUGAAGAUGCAUUGUCUCAAGUUUCGAGAACAGCAUCAUCUGUUUGAUAUGUAAAGUAUGGGUGUUUCAACUGUCAUUUACCUGUUAGUUGUAAUCUUGUAGGGAUACUUUUAGAUACUUUAUUAAUUGUUGAUAACACGUUUUAGGAAACAGGGGUGUUGAGUGUUGUGAAUGUGGUUAUGUAAGAAAGUAUUGGGUGGUCUUGUAAUAUUAUUAUGCAGUGUUUGUUCGACAUGUAAUAGUUGCGGAUCAGUGUUAUGAUGUUCUUAUAAUUCAAGGUUUUCUUUAAUGUUA